AUGGACGUCGAAGAGUCACCCUGGGCCGACUCGUCUCAGGCCUCCCAACAGGCGUCGCAGCCCGAAGCCUCGGCCUCCCAGUCGUCGGCAGCUCCCUCCGCUUCCUCGUCGGCCCCUCGUCCUUCGCGCGGUCCGCGUCGCCUUGUCGCCCAGCCCACCCGCCUUGAAGCUGUCGAUGAUCCCCUCGGUCCUCUCGGUGCCGCAUCCGACGACAAUGCCCCUGCCCAGGACGCACCUCCGGUGCCUCCGCAAAAGGAGCAGGUGGUGAUUCGUACCACCAUGCCCCAGCCUCAGCAGCAGCAGCGACGACCUGCGGAUCCUCAUCACAUCGAGGAGGAGGAGUUUGAUGGACCAAAGGGACCUAGGGCGCCCCCGCCUGUCGAGGCUGCUCAGCCCAGCGCGGUGAGGACCAGCACCCAGCCGAGUGUUAGUGUUGAGCAGGCCGCAAAGCCCUCGUUCCAAAUUACUGUGGGAGAUCCUCACAAGGUCGGCGACCUGACUAGCUCCCACAUUGUUUACUCUGUUCGCACCAAGACCACUUCCAAGGGAUACAAGCAGCCUGAGUUUGAAGUCAAGCGCAGAUACCGUGAUUUCCUCUGGCUUUACAACACUCUUCACGGCAACAACCCUGGUAUCGUCGUGCCGCCCCCUCCCGAGAAGCAGGCCGUUGGUCGAUUCGACAGUAACUUUGUCGAGAGCCGUCGAGCUGCGCUCGAGAAGAUGCUCAACAAGAUCGCGAUACACGCUACGCUACAACACGAUCCUGAUUUGAAGCUCUUCCUGGAGAGUGAGGCGUUCAAUGUUGAUGUGAAGCACAAGGAGCGAAGAGAACCUAUCCCCAGCGAGAGCAAGGGUGUGUUUGGAUCUCUGGGUAUCAAUGUCGGUGGUGGAAACAAGUUCGUGGAACAGGAUGAAUGGUUCCAUGAUCGCAAGGUCUACCUUGAUGCGCUUGAGAAUCAGCUCAAGGGUCUCCUCAAGGCCAUGGAGACGAUGGUCGGUCAGCGCAAGAUGAUGGCCGAAGCUGCUGGUGACUUUUCGGCUUCUCUCCAUGCGCUUUCCACAGUGGAGCUGUCGCCAUCCCUGUCAGGUCCUCUUGAUGCUCUCUCCGAGCUCCAACUUACCAUCCGCGACGUGUAUGAUCGACAGGCCCAGCAGGACGUUCUAACUUUUGGUAUCAUUAUCGAGGAGUACAUCCGUCUUAUUGGCUCGGUUAAGCAGGCGUUUGGACAGCGACAGAAGGCAUUCUACUCAUGGCACGCGGCUGAAUCAGAGCUGCAAAAGAAGAAGUCCACGCAGGACAAGCUCCUCAGACAAGGAAAGAGUCAGCAGGACCGGCUCAACCAGAUGGGAGCUGAAGUUGGAGAGUCGGAGCGAAAGGUCCACCAAGCUCGACUCCUCUUUGAGGAUAUGGGCCGAUUGAUGAGGAGCGAGCUUGACCGGUUCGAACGAGAGAAGGUGGAGGAUUUCAAGAGCGGGGUUGAGACAUUCCUGGAGAGUGCGGUUGAGGCGCAGAAGGAGCUCAUUGAGAAGUGGGAGACGUUCCUUAUGCAACUGGACGCUGAAGACGACGACUCGGCAUUCUACAGACCCCCUGUAUACCAGCCGCAGCAGCAGCAACAGCAAAAGUCGGGUGAUACCGCAGUUGAUCGCGCCCGAGCCAGGAUAGACGAGGAUUCGGACUAG